AUGGCCACAGAUGCGGGAGGAUGUAGACUCGUUCGUGCGAACUUGCCUUGUAUGCCACAAAGACAAGACAUUGCAGAAGCAGCCGGGUUGGUUGCUAGAGCCACUUCCUGUUCCAGCCAGACCAUGGGAGAGUUCACCAAGUAUGCUACCUUCAUCCCUGCACCAGUGGACUGCAAUGCAGAGGAAGCUGCACGCUUGUUUUUGAAGCAUGUGGCUACUUGGGUCACAGUUGAACUUCUCUACCAGCUUUCACCCACAGACAGAUGGUCAGACGGAAGGGUGAAUGCAUUGUUGGAGCUAUACUUGAGGGCACUAUGUGAGUGCCAACCAGCGAGAUUGGGCAAAGUUGUUGGAUGUUGCUCAGUUCUCAUACAACUUGCAGCGGUCAGAGCCAACAGGGUCAAGUCCCUUUUGAGUUGGCAACAGGACAACAACCCUAGGACACCGAACACAGUGGUGUCAGGCUACACGGGGAGUAGCCUAGCUGCAUACAAGACGCCAAGGAGUGGCAGAAAUGGGGCGGACAAGCAUAGGCGAGAUGUUGUGUUCCAACCAGGUGAUAUGGUCUUUGUGAAGCUCAACCCCUCUCAACACAAGUCCACUAGAAAGUUACACAAGGCAUUGUUGAGGAGAUAUGAUGGCCCAUUUCCUAUCAUCCGAUCAGUGGGAAGAGCUGCUUAUCGUGGGGAACUACCACCCCGAUUAAAGAUUCAUCCGGUGUUCCACAUGAGCAAUCUCAAGCCCUACCAUGCCGACCCCGAGGAGCCAAGUCGUGGAGAGUCUCAACAAGCUCUACCUUUGAUGGUGACUUCAUUUGACAAGGAGGUUGAGUGCAUCAUGGCCAAGCGAGAGGUGCGACUCAAGGGUGUACCGAGGUACUUUGAUUACUUCAUCAAAUGGAAGGGCCUGCCAGAGGCCGAAGGCAACUGGGAGAAAGAAGAGUCUUUGUGGAAGUACAAAGACAUCAUCAAAGCAUUCGAACGAGAAGGAUCUACCGCGGCGACGAGGACAUCACCGGAUUAG